CUUGGAAUCUGUUUCAAGACUUCAUUUUUAAACAUGAAGUUAAAGACAACCUCUGAUUGGAUCACACAAGUGCAGCCAUUAAGCCUUUGAUCAACAAUGCCCAUGGCAGAUAACAAAUAAACCGACAGAGACAGGAGAGUCUAAAAGUCAAAAGCGAAAAGCAUUAACAGUGUUAAAGUAAGGUCGAGGGUCACAGUAUGUGGCUGUUCUGUUACAUGUACGCGUAUUCAUUGCAUCCAGCAUUCCACGAUUCUAACCAAAGUCCAGUCCUAAAACCAAUAAAAGUAGAAAUAGAUUGAGAUUGUUAAUUUUACACCUGAUACUUCAUACAGCUGAUAUCAGUAAGCAAACACACAUAUGAAUUGAUAUCAUCAAUUAUAGAAUCCAAGCUGGUUGUUGGGAGUCAUUUUUGUCUUAGCCGUUGGGACAACAAAUCAGACUUUUAAUUGUUGAUUUAAUCGUCAAGUUUCCUACAUGUACAUGUAUCAAUUUUGAGAAGAUAUUCAUGGCAUCCCCAACAGAAAUACUGGGUCUGCUUCUGCUCCCAUUUUGGUAUUUUAUCGAAUCUUUCUUCAAAACCUGUCAGGAUUUAUUUGUGCCUGUAUCCUUGCGGAACUUGAAAGAUCUUUCUGGAGAGGUGGCUUUGGUGACAGGGGGAGGAGCUGGACUGGGCCGCAGUUUGGCCAUCCAGUUGGCUGAACUCAAAGUAACCGUGGUAACCUGGGAUAUUAACCAAUCAGCCAAUGAGGAAACGGUGCGCAUGAUACUUGACAAUGGCGGAAGUGCAUAUGCAUAUACGGUUGACAUUGGCAACCCUGAGGAUGUGUAUGCUGCAGCAGAAAAGGUCAAAGGUGAAGUUGGUGAGGUGACACUCUUGGUGAAUAAUGCAGCAAUCGGUCAGUCACAAUCAGUAUGGGAGAUUCCUGAUAAAAUCAUCCAGAAAAUGAUGACAACCAAUGCCCUUGCAUAUUUCUGGCUUCUUCGAGCCUUCUUGCCGUCAAUGAAAGAAAACAACCAUGGUCAUAUUGUGGCUAUUCUGAGUGGUUCACUGAACAUGGUUCCCAAUGGCUUGGGUGCAUACAUCUCUUCCAAGAGUGCAGCAUAUGGUCUUCAUCAGGCUCUCAACACAGAACUACUAUGUGAACAAAAGACAAAAAUCCAAACAACUGUGGCUUUUCUAGAUUUUAUAGCUACAGAUAUGACAGUGGGACGACUGAACUGUGGGACGGCUGAUGUGUUGCCACCUCAAGUAGUGGCACACCACAUCAUUGAAGGUAUUCGCUUGAAUAUUCCUGUGGUGACAUCUACUAAGACAUCCUUCAUGUUGUACUUGUUUAAGAACUUUAUUCCGACAAAGAUUUUUUUGCUGCUGUUUCGACUAGGUGGGGUUACAUCAAUCUUUCUGAAUACGAAGGACAAGAAAUGAUAGACCUUUACUUUGAGCGUCCAGCGUACAUAAACUGUGUAGAAAAACGUACUCAGUAUUACAAUUACAUAAAUGCAUACAUCUGAUGUCAAAGUUCGUCAAGAAAUAAAAUUAAAUUUGUUCUAUAGCAACAGGUUCCUGUUGCUGUUCUUAACUCCUUUCUGCCUAGCUUUGAGACUAAAAUGUGAGCAGAGGAAUUAGGAAACCAUGUCCAAACAAUCUUUGGCCUUCAAAAAAACUUAUUGAGUUGAAUAUGGGUUUUGGACAAAUCUUAAGUUUUGACCAUGUGUGAAUGUGAAGCUCCAAUCUUGUGACACACAAAGUCAUCUUAAACAUUGAAAAAAUGGAGCACUAAUCCCUGUCUAAAAUCUAACAUUUAAAACACAGUGUUCUCAUCUGGAGUUAUUGCUUUUUUGUUAGGAAAAUACAAAUCUGUUUGCUUUGUUCAUUCAGAACAUGUCAUUCACUCAUUGUUCCAUUAUUAAUGAUAAAAAUUGCAUGUAAUUUUUUGGCAAACAGUUCUCAAAUUGAUGAAGACAGAUCUGUGAAAUCUGUGAUUUCUUUUCAAGAUAACAAAAAACUCCUGAAAUUGUUGAAAAAAUGAAUGUAAAACUUUGGCAUUGGAAUCAGUAUUAGAAAUGUGUGAUACAUGUAGUUGCUAUUUUCAUGUAAGGUAAACAACAUUGAUGCUUCUUACAAGUACAUUCUGCCAAUAGCGGUGGAAUGAUUUCAAAAGUGAGGGGGAGGGGUAGUUAUUAAUCCAUUGGGCAUAAGCCAUUAAUAGGCUGAUCCAUCGAGCCCCAUCCUGAUAUAAGACUCACAAAAAGUGAGGAGGGCGGGAGAAGUUCCCCCGUCAAAAAGUAGGGGGGGGACAGAGGGUGCACUGGUCCUCCAUUUUCCACCACAAGUGGCCUUUGUGCCAAAUACAAACCAUGGGUUAUUUUUAUGAGUCAUUUCGUGAAUUACAUGUACACGUAGCUUUAUUCAAUAUUGGUGCAUUGACCUUUACCAGUAUUAAUAUGUGGCUGUUUUGGGCACCAAACCAGAAUAAGCUAAGUGUUGGAACUGAAAUAUUCAGAAAGGUCUCAUGAUUGUUUCAUUCCACUGAAGUAAAAACCUGUUACUAGUGACUUGGGUAUAUACAUGCAAAUGAACAUGUAUACAAACACAAUAACAAACGGAAGA